CAGACGCUGUGCAGCGCCCCCUGCAUCAGUGCUCGCGCUGCGCUGGCGUGCAGGCGGACGUGCAUGCUCGCGAGCAACAGAUCCGAGCGCAUGCGCAGUUCAUUGUUUUGACUGAAAAUGCCGUCGGUUUCGAAAACGGCGGCCAAUGCGUCCCCUCAAACCGAGAAACCUACCCACUAUACAUACUUGAAGGAGUUCAGGACAGAGCAGUGCCCGUUGUUCCUCCAGCACAAGUGUACGCAGCACAGACCCUUUACGUGCUUUAAUUGGCAUUUUCUCAACCAGCGGCGAAGACGACCCAUAAGAAGAAGAGACGGGACUUUUAACUACAGCCCCGACGUGUACUGCACGAAAUACGACGAGACCACAGGCAUCUGUCCAGAUGGAGACGACUGUCCUUAUUUACACCGGACCACUGGUGACACAGAGCGCAAGUAUCAUCUACGCUAUUACAAGACUGGCACUUGUAUCCAUGAGACAGAUGCUCGAGGGCAUUGUGUGAAGAAUGGCCUCCACUGUGCUUUUGCACACGGGCCACAUGAUCUCCGACCUCCAGUCUAUGAUAUCAGAGAGAUCCAAGCACAAGAGGCUCUUCAAAAUGGACAGUUGGGAUCUGGGGAAGGCAUUCCUGAUCUGCAGCCUGGUGUAUUAGCCAGUCAAGCUAUGAUUGAGAAAACUCUCACAGAAGACCCCCGGUGGCAAGAUACCAACUUUGUUUUAGCCAACUAUAAAACAGAUCAGUGUACUAAGCCCCCAAGACUAUGCAGACAGGGCUAUGCCUGCCCCCAUUACCACAACAGUAGAGAUCGAAGACGAAAUCCUAGAAAGUUCAAAUAUAGGUCAACUCCUUGCCCUAACGUGAAACAUGGGGAUGAAUGGGGCGAGCCCUCAAAGUGUGACAGUGGAGACAGUUGCCAGUAUUGUCACUCUCGCACUGAACAGCAGUUUCACCCAGAGAUCUACAAAUCAACCAAAUGCAAUGAUAUGCGACAAACUGGAUACUGUCCCAGGGGACCGUUUUGUGCAUUUGCACAUGUAGAAAGAAUUCCCUCUACAGAAGAGACUGUGAGCUCCUUGCUAACAGUGAUACAGUCGAGUUCACAGUCCCAGCUGGGCUCUCAGCAGUAUGAGUGUCCAGAGUGGAACAGUGGAGGCAACUCCACCAACGCAACCAGUAGCAAUGGACAAGUAGGAAGUGUUUCAUGUUCUAAUAGCUCAACUGUAACUCCAAGCUCAGGAAGCGACAGUUUGUUAUCCCCAGUGGGAUCCAUCAGCAGGCCCAAAUCCUUAACUAAUAGUAGUUUAUGUUCAGAGUCCACCACAUCCAGUGUCUCAUCUCUGACGUCUAACUAUCCUAAAGCUCCGGGCUUUGAACGUGAGGAUCAGAUUAAGAACAAAGGCCAAAUGGAUCAGAAAUUGAUGGACCAAGAAAAACAGACACAAAAUAACGUGUUCUCUGCGGUGAACCCUUUGGCAACAAGCUUUACCUCCAGUAUAACAUCCAGCUUAGCCUCUAGUAUUGGCUCAGAAAGUUCUUCACCCACCACCUUAUCAACGAUGAAUGCAAAAGCCACUCCUUUCUAUCCAGGGAGCAACACAGUGGAGUCUGUCAUAGAUGUCUUUUGUUUUCCCUCAGGAUCUGCUCUGGACCUCAACUUUAGUGACAUUAAUGUUGCAUCUCUUGAUAAGGAGUUAGAGGAACAAGACAAUAGUGUAGGACUGGCAAAUCAAAGGGUGCUAGGUGGAUCUGCUCCAGUUAACAUUCCCGGCUCCCUGGCACGAUCAUCUUCUUUUAAUUCCUCAUCAUCACUUUCCACCUCCCCGCUGAGCUCCCUCUCUCAGUCUCUGUCGCAGUCCCUGCUGUCUGGGGCAGUAUCACAGCAAAAUCAACCUUCGAACAUGUUAGCCAAGCAAGAGCAUGGCCUCCUGGGAACACCCACUUCCUCUUCCCAGAACUCUUUGGGCUUGAAUGGAGGGGCUAGCAACAUUUGGGACUUUGUAAGUGGCAGCUUUUCACCAAGUCCAUCUCCAGUUUUCAGCAGCCUAACUUCCACAGCCAGCACUGCUGACCUGGCUCGCCUAUUUAGAGAGCUGGAUGAGGCUAAGAGGAAGAUCAAACAAUGGGAGGAGGCCUGGCAUCAGGUCAAACAAGCCUGUGAAGCUUGCCAGAAAGAUGCUCACGAAGCAAAGGAACAAGCAAAAACGGCAGAGGCAGAGCGCCAGCUGGUAGAACAGAAAUGGGAGGAAACAGAGCGCAAGCUGAAAGAGCUCCAAGGGGACUUUGAUGUGCUUUGUCGCACCCCUGGAACACCUCUUCUACGUAGCUACGGAGAGCUGGACCAGCUCCCCUUGUCAAAGCUUCACUCCAUCCAGAGUCAGCUGCGUAAUGACCUAGACCUUAUAGAUGGGGUAAUAUAUCAGCUUCAGUCAAAGAAAUGUAUAGUUUGCCAAAAGCAUGAUCGUUGCAUUGUUCUGCAGCCUUGCCAACAUUAUGUACUAUGUGAGAACUGUGCACCUAGUAAAACAGAAUGUCCCUACUGUAGAACAAAAAUAUUGAAGUGGUGAUGUACAAAUACUCAAGGUACUAUUUAAAGAUUUUGAAAAACUACUAAUAGAUAUUACAUUUUCUAAAUAGCAAUGUCUGUUUCAUACAGUGAUUGAAUUAAUUUAGGAUAACAUGUUUGACUGACAAAACAAAUUAUGAAGUGAGUAUUAUGAAUCAGAUUGUGUAUAGGGGAUUCAAUCUUUAUAGUCUUUGCUCAUUUUAUGUGCACAUUACCUUGGUCAACUAGAUUAUUAGGUUACUAGGUUUUCUGUAUGAACUCAAAUUGUAAUAUUAAAUUACCUUGCAGUGCCCUUUCUCAAAUCAUAAGUCAAUAUCCGGACACUUAAUCGUCUGUGCAGAUAUCUCAUUUUUGGCUAAACACAGAAUGCAGCUGUGCUUUUUUCCCCCCACAAACAAAAUGCUGAUUUGCAUUGCCAACCUAUCAUAUUGCUCUUACAGUAAAUACAAAAUUACAGAUUAUAACAAACUGUAAAAGGGACCACUAACCUUAGCUAAAAGCUGUAUACACAAAGACCUGAAUGAGUGCCAGUUUGUAUUUCUGCCCCUGUGUUUUGCUGUUUAUCGAGUGGAACCACUGCACUUUGGAAUUAGUGUGGAUAAAUCUCUGAUCUCCCGAGAUUGCUUUUUCUUUACUUAAUGCACUUAAAGUCCACCCAGAGCAAAUUUGAAUGCAUCUCAACCCCAACUUUUCAUUACUGUGGAAAUAUGUGUAGAGCCAGUAAAAGGUUUUAGUAAAUAAUGUUGCAUCACAGAUGCUUGUUUUUGAAGAAAGAAAACUUGAGGUAACUUUAAUAUUAUAUAUUAACUGAAAAUAGUUGUAGUUUCAAAAAUAGAUAUAAAACAACUAUGUCCUUGUCAUCUUGUUAACAAUUUUUCAGCCAUUCUGAGGGUGGACACGUUGGGUAAACAAAGCAUCCUUUGUAAUAUCCAGGGGAGUUGUAGCCCACUGACCUACAUAGAGGACAAUGAUAGAGACAAAUAGACAAAGCCAUUGUUGAUAUGUUACCAUGAUAGUUGUUGCCAAGUCAUUCCAGUUUGGGAUCUCAAAUGCACGGAAAUCACUGUGUGAAUGUCCGGUGAUGUUAAACAUAAAAUGGGCAAAACUCAAAGCUGAUUUAGCUUUAAUUAAAGAGGAACGCAUCAAGGAAGUAGACUACCAAGAGCCUGGAUGUGAUUUAUACUCAGAAAUCAUAUUUCAGUUUUAGCCUAAUUUGUCUGGAAUUCCAGAUAAAAAUUGUGUACCUUCACAGGUGCAUGCACUGUGGAAUGAAUACACACUUGCAUUAUUGCAUUCAAAACCAUAGGGAGUAAUUAAUGAAAAAAUAAAGUAUUGUCAACAAUAGCAACUAAUUAUACAAAUCUGUAAAUGUUACACAUCCACUGAGGUAUUAGUGCUGAACCACACUUCUUCUUCUUCUUCUUCUUCAGAUUAGCAAGUGAGUUCCUCUUUAAGUAAAGCCACUUUUUUUUUUUAAACCCCAGCUUUCCUUUAGAUUUUUUUUUUUUUAUUAUUUCAAUGUAACCAGUCAAGCAUCAUUAUUUUGACCAACUUUCUGAAGAAGUUUUGAUUUCUUACUAAAGCACUUUGUUGACCUGGGACUUUAUUAAAGGGUAUAAUAGAAAUUUGCUUUAAGCUGCUUUGUAGGUAUUCUCUCUUUUCUUUUUUUUUCUUUUUUUGUCUUUUUCAGAUUUAUAAUUUUUUCUAUAUAAGCUAAUGUCUGAAGCUUUUGUGUGUACUGUGAAACAUCAUUUGAAUAUUUCAUGUUUCCUAUUGUUAAAUCAUGGCAUGGUUCUACAUAUUAUUAAGAUUUCAUAGAAAAGUACUGAAUAGUUUCUACUUUCAUAGUUAGAUUUAUAAAAUUUCAAUCAAAUAAGUGCAAAUUUAAAUGCAUUUUAGGCAUAACCAGCAGCCGUAAUAUCAGUAAGGCACAUGCUACAUGUUAAGGCUGUUAUUCAAUCAGUUAGUUUUGUUUUGUAGAGAUUUAUAUAUCCUAGCCAUUAGAGAAGCAUGUAUUGUAUUUGCUAAAAGCCUGAAAUGGUGAUUUUUGUAGGAAUCUAGCCUCCUGACCUGUCUAGAACAUAUCGGCCUCUAACUCUAAAGUGCCUUGCCUUAGUUGAAAAGGUUAUGUGUAGAAUUGUCAGAGCAAACACAAGUAGUUGAAGCUUGUGCACAGGUUUCUGCAUAAUGUGUCUUGUUUUAACUUUUGCAGAAGCAUUGACAUGUGUAUGACUAUAUGUGUAUAUAUAAAUAUAUGCCAGUGUAUUUAGCCCAAUCCCAUUAAGUAUUUCUGCGGAAGAUAAUUGAGAAAACAAACAUUGUCAGUGCCUGUGUCCUGACUUCAACCUUAGAAAUGAAUCUCCACUCUCCCCUCCGACUACCCACCCACUCAUUCCUCGGUCGUGGUGCUCUUUUGGUGCAGCUUCAGUGUUUGAAAUUAGGUUUUUCAAUUUAACGUUUUGGGAGUAUGCAAACAGAGGACACAUGGAUUUGUAUAGCAGCAUAUAAAAAUGCUUUUUAAACAGUUUAGUGACUUUCAUUUGUUUUAUUGUUAUAAUUCUGCAGUGAUUGAAGAAUUCCGUAGUUGUAAGUUGGAUUUUGCAUAGGAUUCGUGCAUAGGUUCCUCUAAUUGAAAUGACCUUCUACUGUGUUACAAAAAAACCUUUUUAUUCUUGCUUUAAAUCAAUAGAAAUUCAUGUAUCUCCAGGUACACCUUUUGCUACUUAUAAAUAUGGGAAGAUGCAUUGUUUACAUUCACAUAAAUGACAAUUAAGCAACUCAGAGGAAAAAUAUCAAGAAAGGUUAUGGUAUUUUAGUGUUUCACGAUUAUAUUACAGCAUAAAAGGCAGCCUAAACACUUCUGGUAUUGCAUGUUAUGCGAUAUAUUAACCAGCUACAAAAAAGGAAAAAAAAAAAGGUCGCACUGUGUCACACUGCCAGAAUAUUUGUAUUGACUUAUUUUUAGUGUAGUAAAGGCUUAAUAACUUCUGCAAGCUUCGCUGCUACUGGAAAAGGUAUUAAUGUAGUUUCUUGUUAUACAUAUAGAUGUUUGAAUGUUGUUGUGCAUCCACAGCUCAGAUUUCAGAAACUAUAUAAUAAUCGGUCUUCUGCAUCUAAUUUUUACUAAAUCUUGAUUUGAUUGAAUUAUUCAUUUUGUAAAUGCAUUUGCGUCAAAGUUUCAGUACUUUUGUAUAUCACUUAGAAUGAUGUCACAGACCUGUACUGCUGUAGAUUGUCCCCCUUCUUCUUUUCUUCUUUUUUUUUUGGAAUUGAUUGAAGGUAAAUUAAUUUUUCUUGGAUUUACUUAAUUUCCAUACACUGGAUAGUCGUGUAUGGUGCAGCUAAUUUCACAGGAUCCUCCUAGUCUGUUUUCUUCUCCCUGUGAAGCCAACUAAAUUUAAUGAUGUCUAGUGUGAUCUAAAAAUGAACCAAAGUGGUGUUCUAGUAGCUGUCCAAAUAUGUAUUCUAAAGGGAAAAUCUACCCUUGAACAGAAUUGAAAUAAUUGUUCUUGGACAGAUCAGCCGGUAGUUGUGAACAGGGCUGCAUCAUUCCCAAAGCUCUAAAUGUAAGGUCAGAGCACCGAGGCCAUUCAGAUGAAACGGAGACAAAGUCCAGCAGCGUGAGUGGCAGGAAUUCUGUUUUUGGAUGGAUUUUUGCUUUGAUAUUUCAUUCAGUAGGACAUCCUGUAUAUCCUCUUAGUGAGUAACCAACAGGACUAUGCUAAUGGCUUUUGCUUACAACAUUAAUGGACUUGAGCCCAUUGUUUGCAGUUUUACCAAAGACCUGUACUGUUGUUCUUAUUUCUUUUGUACUACAUUUCAUCAUUCAUUUUAUUUCAGUAAGAAAACUAAAUUAAGUUUUUAAAAAAGUAAUCACCUAGUACCUUAAAUAGAUAAUGUUCAUUAACAGUAAUUAAUGGCAUCUUUUUCUAUCUAAAGUUAGCUAUAGUGAGUUGAUACACAAAUGAUCAAAAAUGCAUGGGUCAGAUCCUUACAAAAUGUGUAUUUGUAUAUUUGAUUUUGUGUUAAGUAUACAUUGACGUUUAUGGCAGGUUUGUGCAAUACUGGCUAGCACAUGCUGACCUUAAGCGAGGAUUCAGUGUCAGUUUAAUUGUUGUCUACAGUGAAGGAAUGUCAAAGGUGAAUGACAUUUGUGCUUCUGAAGUGGCCAUAGAAACUUCUCUACAACUACUGUUGUUGUCAAGUUUGUUUUGUUUUUUGUUGAUUUUGCCUAACUACAUAAUCUCAAUCACUUUGGAAACUGAUGGUUAUGCAUUAUAUGCUGUUAUGAUGGGCCUGCAGUGACUGUAAGGUGCUUUAAACAUUAAUGGCAGAUACAGACAUAAUUAAAACCGAGUUGCUGUAAUGGUAAUUUGUUGUUGGCCCUCCGUCUCUCUAGUGGUCUACUUGUCCCAGUUCAAGUUUUAUAAAAAGAAAUGAAACAAACCCUCAGUUGGUAAGCACAGCUUGCAUUUCUUUACAUUUCUUUGAAUUUGUUAAAUUGAUCUCUAACAGACUAAUUAUAUUUUCAAGUACAUCUGUGCCUUUUUGAUAAUUAAAAAGUAAGUUGAUUGGUAUUGAGAAUAUAUGUCUCUGGGACAGUCAAAAUAAAUAAAAAAAUGUUUAAUUAGAAUCAAAAUUGCAGUGCCUUACAAUAUUUUUGUGGACCACAAUGUGAUUUGCUAAAUGAUCCUGUGCAUUCAGGCCACUUGAGUUGGAAGGAAAAAAAAGCUAAGCUAAUGAGAUUCGCUUCACCAGUUCCACCUAAGGAAGCAAAGGUCAUAAUUGACUGAUAGUUGUCUGUCUCAGUCUGUAUUUGCCAUACCAUUUUUAAAAAACGGAAACAGCAAUACUUAACCAUUAAAUACACAAUUUUGAUCAGAAUUAGUUAUUUGGCACCAAAAACUCAACUGUUUAUAAGAAAAAGCACCAAAUAGGAAGAAUCUUGUAAAUGAACUGUAAUAGAUGUAUCAUUAUGCUCUGCAUUGAAAUAGUUUAAUCUAUUUUGCAUUAUUGUUAGUUGUUGUGUUGUCUUUUUGUUUUUAAUAUUAUGAAAAUGGAGCCUGAAGAUUUAUGCAAUCUUGUACUUGUACAUGUAUAUGAGUAUGAUGUAUGGAGCUGUUCAAAUUAAGUAACAUACUAGUACAACAAGUGUUGUCAAAAGUAAAUAAUCUGAAUGUGGAACCAGUUGUUCCAUAUACUAUAGAAAAUUUCAGUAGAUAUGUUAUUUUAACAUGAAGCCCUGAAAUAUUGAAUGUAUUGUUCUAAAUUAGAUAUUCAAUGAAUAGGUCACUGGAUAUUAUGGAGCGCAGUUAAUUCAUUAUGAUGUAGCAUCUAGUUGUGAACUGCUUUUCAAUAAAAUUUAUUAGAACUAAAA